AUGAAAAAUUACCAACAAGUCAAAUUUAUUAUUCUUAUUAUUAGUGUAUUAUUUUCUUUUGCCAAUGCAAGAAUAAUACACCUUUCGGCCUAUGAGAAACUGAAAUUUCAAUGUUCGUCAACGUCAGUGAAGAUAUUUUUUUCGACUCGACGCUCUUAUUCAACCUCACUUAUUGUGAAUUCUCCUGAUCAAAAUUGUGUAAAAAGCUCUGGAAUCAGUGAACAAAUACGUUUUAAAUUUGACUUGAACCAAUGUACAUCAGGAGCUAAAAAGUUUAAUUUGACCGUAAUUGAAAUUUCUCAAAAUAAAAAUAAAUUUCCAUUCACCAAUGAAGUCGAAAUUGACUGUCAAAAAUCUACGUAA